AGCCCCAACAUACCAGAGGCUUCCCCCGGAGCAGAGCGCUCGUUGCGAGUCACGAGUAACAACAGGAACAGAGGACAGCCGCAAAAUGUAUCGUUUGCUGGUGCAAAAAGCGCUCGCGAACAACUCGAAACGAUCAACCACCCAGCUGUUCGCUGCCAGCCGAUCUUACGGUGGAAGUGCGCGAGGAUCCAAUCUGCCCCCGUUCCAGGAGGCAGGAUUUGGAAAGGUGCUAGUCGUGCUAUCGCCCAUCCUUAUCGGUGGUGGCGUCGUCACGUACGCCAAGUAUGAUAAUGAAUUCCGCAAAACAUUGAUCACAAACGUUCCUGCGCUGGAACCGGUGCUAAAGGCGUUGCUCCAGGAAACGAACCCGCUGGAUGAUGUGACGAAAAAGAUGGACGAAAUCAGCAAAACCAUCGGCGGGUAUACCUCCACCAUUACCGGCUUCUUUGGUGGCGGUGGUGGUGGUGAGGAGGAAAAAAAGCAGGACAAAAAACCUGAUUUACCUCCAAUCACCAAAUCACGAUCGGUUCAUGUGCCCGUGCCAGCACCACCUUUGCCGAAACCUGAGCCGCUUAAUCUCUCCGAGAAGGUGCCAGAACCGCCAAAAAGGAAAGAGACCGUUUCAUCUCCUCCGGUGUCUGCAACUAAGGCUGCGACCAGCACAGCUAGCACUGUUGCUCCUGCCAAGGCAGCUUCACUUACCAAACCAGUGCCAUUGUCCUCGGGCAAGGAGGCAGUACCGAAAUCGAUCAGCGACCUCGAACAGCAGGUCGAAGUGGCCGCUACGAUCGCCAUUAAGGAGUACGGUCAAGCUGUGGCCGUGCUAAAGACGUACACCGACGAGGUUCGCAAGGUGGUGGACGAAUCGAUCGACAAACUCGACUCGUCGAGUUGGACGACGCUCCGAAAUCGGACCAGUGCGCGCGAUACGGCCCUCCAAGCGGCCGAGACAGCUGCCGAUCAGGCCAAGGAGUCUAUCGAGAAGCUGCACGCGCUUCUGAACAGCCGCGAAAUCAAGUGCUCGGAUGAGCUGAAGGAUAAGGCGAGACAAAACAUUGCCGCCUACCUGGACCAUCUGAAGAAGGCCAAGGAUGAGGUGUAUGCCGCGCGGGAUCUGGCCUCACUCGGUGAGAAGUACUGGAAGCGUGUGGAAUCGGCACGCAACUUCUUCGUGGACGAGAUGGAAUCCCUGUUUCCGGGCAUCAAUCUGUCCGAGCGCAAGCUGAACCUGUCCAAGGACGAGCUGGACCUGUUCAUCCUGCACGCCUACACGCAAGUGAUCGCCCACCAGAAAGAGCUACAAAAGCUGCAGAUCGAGGGUGAUCAGAAUUUGCGCCGUGCGCUGGAAGCCGUUCGGGGCACGGAUCAGAGCGAAGAGGUGAAGGCACGGCUGGAGUACGAGCUGGCCAAGGAGAAGCGCCAGCUGAAUCUGUUGAACCAGAAAAAGCUUCUGACCACCCGGGCGGAACUUGAGCAGGUGUCGCGGGAGCAGAUGAAGCGCCAGACGGAGGCACAUAUCGAUCAUCUGAAGGAUGCGCUGACGCAGAAGGAGGCCGAGAUGAAGCGCAAGUUCCAGCGCGAGUUGGAUGAAAAGAUCACCACGGAGCAAGCGUCCUACAAACUGCAGCUGGCGGCUAUGCUGGGCAAGCUAAAGGGCAUUCACAACGCGUUAAUUGAGAUCGAUACUGAUAUGAAAGAGCAUGCUGACGCCGAGAAAAGUGCCCACCAAGCGCAAGCUUUGUGGGGUGCCUGCCAGUCCCUGUGGUCUUCGAUUCGCUCCGGUCAACCGGGCAAGUCGUGGCGCGAUCAAUUGCGCCCAUUGCAGGACGAGAUAGCGGCCGUGAGCCGAGCAGCUGAAGGUGACGAGCUGGUGGCUGUCGUGCUGAAGGGACUGCCGGAGCAGGCCCUUAAACGGGGCGUCUAUCCCGAGGAUGCCCUUCGAGAGCGGUUCUUUAAGGUGGAAGAGGUUUCGCGCCGGUUGGCUCUGAUUCCCGCCGAGGGGGCUCGACUUCCGAUGUACUUCCUAUCGUACCUGCAGGCGGCCCUGAUCGCACGUCCCGACAAACCGAUCUCGCAGGACGAGCUGGAGAACAAACCGUUCGAUUUUAGCAAACUGGAUACGUACGAUAUUCUGAAUCGCGCGCGGUACUGGCUGGAACGAGGUGACCUGGUGAAGACGGUCCAGUACGUGAACCUGCUGCAAGGUGCUUCUCGUAAGGCCGCCAUGGAUUGGCUGAACGAAGCACGCCUUUUGCUGGAAACGCAACAAGCUGCCAGCACACUAAUGGCGCACGCUGCCGCCAGUGGUGUCCGAUUCUUGUGAACUGACUGAUUCGUAUUAACUGUUGAUUUGUGUUGAGGAACGAUGGAAGGAACGAAAAGGAUAUCGAAGUGAUUGAGCGUCAACCACGUGCCGAUACGAGUCCAAGUCGCUUCAUUUUUGCUUUCGGGUAGUAUAGCAGCUGCUAUAUAGCACAUGCAAACUAAAUUAUUCGGGUAUCACAUAUUGUAGAGAAAAACGAGUAAAAGGUAUUGUUUAUCGCGUUCUUUUCCUAAUGUUUCCCGGAAAGGUUUUGUUCUUGAAGCAAUACGCACCAUUGAAAAUUUGAUGCUAGCGAAACAAUGUGUAAUUAUAGAAACAUACUAUUGUAACAGCGAAAAGGGUGGCAAUACCAGAUGAACAGCGAUAAUUGUAGACAAGACAAGGAUGUUAUUUAAUAAAAUCAGUCAUUU